AUGCUCUCAACCCAGCCUGUCGUGGCGUGCACGGGGCCAGCUCAGACCAUCAGUGCACCCCCAGGUCUCGUGGCCGAUGCAACCUGGCCGAGGUCCACCGUUCCUUUGCAAACGCCACCCAUCUCUGUUCCCUGUGCACCCCCGGCCAACCCGCCGCCGGAGAUCGCGGGCUCGGAGCCACGCGCCCCGCCGGGCUGGGAUUCCAACGCAGGACCUGGCAGUGAAGAACCGCCCCGGCCACUAGGCACCCUUCUGCCCAUGACCGAUGAGGAGAAACAGCGCCAGGCGGUGGUGGAAAAGGCCAAGGCACAAGGAAUUCCCCUGAAGGUCCGCCUGCCCGAUGCGGCGCUGAGCGUGGUGCGCCCACUGGUGCCCGGCUGCCCCGCCAAGAAGAGACUCCCGUGGCCGGACGUGAUGGAGGAGAUCUAUGAGGCCCAAACUGUCGCCAUGGAUUCGUACAAGCGAAGCUCUGCGUACUAUUCCGCACCGCCAGAAGCAGAGGCAGCGAGUCUAUCUUUGUGCAUGUGUGCUCGUGCUUGUGUAUCCAUGCAAUGUAGCUGA